UAUAUCAUAGAGAAGCAGAGAACGUAUAUAUCAUAACAUCUUAAAACAAAAUAAAUUUCAAGAGCUAUUGUGAAUUAGCCACUGUCAAUAGUCAAAACAUUGACGGUCAGCUGUUGUAAACAAAUUAUUGCACGUGCAUAUAUCGUGCAAAUUGUAAUUUAAUUAAUUAUUCAAGUCAGAAAAAUGCCAGAAAUAGAGGGUUAUAAAGUGGUACCUUUACGCCUCACUACAGACCGUCCUAUGGAACUGUGUCACCAUAUUUACAUGCGUGAACAUUUUAUACGAUUGGAGGUUGCAGACAAACCAAAAGGCCGCACACUCUUCUUACUAAACGUGCCACCAUAUGUGACAGAACAGAGUUUGGGCACCUUUUUCCGCGCUAAAGUGGAUGUAUCAAAUAAAGUGAGCUUUGCUGAACGUCCAGGUCGAAAUGAAAGUGAAAAAUGGCAACAACACUGCAUACCGUUUAGCGCGUCAGCACCGCCGUUCAAAUUUAAAGUGGCUUAUAUAGUUUUUCACAAAAGUGUGGGUGUAAAACGAGCGUUGCAAGUGCAAAGCAUAGAUUUGUUUAAUAGUGAUGGGAAUUGUUUGUUGGAGUCGGGUAUGCAACUAUUGCAUAGCCAAUACGAAAAAAGCAUUUUAAAUGAAGUGGAACUACAGGCGCGCAUUGAUAAGUAUAUGGAAGCUUAUGAUAAGCGCGAAAAGGAGACAAUUGAAGCAGCGAAGAACUCCGAAGCAGAUGCUGACGGUUGGGUGACUGUUGGUAAACAAGGACGUAACGCUGGUUUCGAACAAAAAGAGUCGGUUGUUGGACGAUUAGAAGAGAAAAUAGUGAAAGGCAAGAAGAAAAAGGAAUUAGAAAAUUUCUACACUUUUCAGAUACGUGAAUCGAAAAUGAAGAAUAUAAUUGAGUUGCGCAAAAAGUUCGAAGAAGAUAAGCAGAAAAUCGAAGCACUAAAGAAGACACGUCGUUUUAGACCUUUCUAGUUUAAUAUGUACUUAUAAUAUACGCUAUAUACUUUAUAGAUUAGUGUACAUUUUUUAUUUGUAAAAAUACAAUUUAUAUUAGUAUAGCUUAAACUAAA